AUGGACUACAACAACGAGUUUGUCAACUUGUACGGGAAGGAUGCAGAGACAGAUGGUGACGUGACUCAGAGGACUAAAGAUCCUCCUACUGGUGCAACGGCAGCGGCACAGACAACAGCAGAUCCAAUGGCGGCCCCAACGGAUGUGUUUGGUACGGAACACGCGUCGCUGAGUGAGCUGGACGGUGCUAAUAUCACUCCGAACAUCCUGCUGGAACAACUGGCAUACGUCGAUAACUUCAUGCCUACCGUGUCGCAGGACUUCAUGAACCUGGACUCGUGGAUCUUGAACGAGUCUGCUCCGAAUGCUGGUGGUGACAGUAACGGUACACACACGAUGGACCCGAAUAACGCUCUGCAGCAAUUACCGGGCGGUAACUCAACUUCCACUUUCGGUCUUGACGAACAACUGGCCGCUGAAUUGAGUGCAUUUGCAGAUGAUGCCUUCGUUUUCCCAGAUGAGGAUAAACCACUGAGGGCCGGCGGUGGUGGUAGUGGUGGUGAAGACGGCGAGGACGACGAGGACGAGGCAGAAAACAGCGAUGACGAUGACGGUGUGAAGAAGGACUCACAUUUCUUGACGCAGAGAAGAAACACGUUCUUGACGUCGCAGUACAGCCAUUCGAAGUCCAGGUUUUCCGCCAACAAGAGGAAACUCGCCAGGCGGGACGACGAUGCAACUGCGAAGGACGACGUACAGACGGAUGUCGAAGUCACCUCUUUCUCCUCAGAGCAUACAUCUCCUAGGGCAGCACUCUCCAAUACACCUCCGUCAACCACCAACGCGGCAGGCUCACCAGACCACGGAGGGUUCACCAACUACGAGAUAGGCGAAUCCAACAAAACAGAGAGCGUGAUAGACCCGCUGCUGCCGCACAGGAGACACACCCCGUCCGUAUCGUCCUCUUUGAACAACGUGCUGGCCGCGAGACGCGAAGACGACGAGGAAGCAACCCCAGCGGCGACGACAGAGGCACAGAUCAAACUGCCAGACUACUCAAAGAUCCCAACAGACACAUUGGUGGCGCUCCUGCCCACUAUCGAAAUACCGCGUGGCAUACAGGAGACUUUGACCGAUGCGGGGUUCAAUGCGGAGCAGAUACAGGCUCUAUCUGCAAUCUUGGCGUACCACGAGCAGGGCAGGUCGUUGACACAGGCGCCCUCGGACGGCGAACUGCACUCCCGCGUGAAUGACCUUGACGAUAGCGACCCAUUGAAGCGCAGCGUAUCCGUGAUACUCGGGCUUGCUAAGGAAAAGGAACGGUUCGCUCAGGAAAACGAGUCGACAUACAUAUCCUCGCUGAUCGAGUCGAGCAACAAGCGACUCAACGAACUGAAGAACAAGCUGGACCAGCAGUCACACGCAAAGAAGAGGCCGCUGCUGGAACCUGAACAAGAAGACGCUCACACAGUACAGAGACCCCCAGUGAAAAAGAGACAGAAGGAGAAGGAACUGGAAAAAUCGCUGAAGGAGUUGAACGAACUGGCCAGCUCGUUGCAGCAGAGAAUCCACACUCUCGAACUGGAGAACAAGCUGCUCAAAAACCUCGUUAUGAACUCAGUGGAGUCAGAGGGCAUAGAGAAGGCUGAAUCGAUCAAACAGAAACUGCUCAAGAAUAUCUCAGACGAGAACUUGUAA